AGUUCGUUUUUUUUUCAUAAUUGACAUUAACUCAACAGCUAGGGCAAGCGUCAAAAGAUUAAGGAUUAGUGAAAUCAAUCGUGGCUAUGCAUACAGCAAACAAGCUGCGUCCAAUCGAGGAUUAUACAAUGUCUCGCAUAACAACAUUAACCGUCGUUCUUUCCAUAAUCACGAUCGCAAAUUCGCACCCAGUUGCUGAGAGAAAAUCUGUUAUGCCUGAUUUGAACAAUCCAUCAACGUUAAAAUCGAUCUCAAAAGUGAGUCAAACUAUUGGCAGUACAAUGGUAGACCUCGCACUGGACCAUUUCCUUCCAACCAAUUCCUUUACUCUUACCAUAACAAACAACAUGGUUAAACGCCGUUUGAUCGACCCGAGAAUUUACAUCGAUAACGGCCACGCAGUCACCCCUCCACCCUUCAUGAUCCCGGCUACCCCCAAACCCUUUGGUGGGGAAAGGCAGAUUGCCCUCUUGGAAAACGACCCGGCUGGUGUCUUGUGCUACGGUAAUGAACCAAUAGCUGGGCAACAACCAAGACCACCAGUUGUCGACACCUGCGUCAUUUUCAGGGCGAAAAAGAAAUACUAUGCCAUUUACAGCCAAAAUGGAAAAAUGACGAGCGAGCAAAUGAAGAAAUUGUACAGCGAUUUCACGAAUAAGAAAGUCACUUCCAUUAUCCCUACAAAAAACACUUAUGGCGGUUUCCUUUUCACCGAUUAUAAACUGUUUCAAGUUAUCGCUCAGAUGACUUCUGGUAAAGAAAAUUUGCAGUUGCAUUUUGAGGUGCUGGACACUGUCACAAGUGUUCAGGAGGCGUUGCAAAAAAGAGUUGUCACGUCAAUUGUUGGUGGUCUCGUCCUCGGUGGACUUUCUUCGCUGGCGACUUUUGCAUUCAACAGAAUCACUGCAGACGUCGGGACAACCCUGGUUUUAGAGAACGCUUCGACUGAAGACAAGCCUUUCAAUUUAAUUGACCCAAAAUGGGAAACCAAUGGAGUUGAUCUUCACGACAUCAUUCCCUGGCGUAUUGGCCCGAACGAGAGGUCGGAAAUGACAUUGGUUGGACCGUUUGCUUCUGGAAACACGUUCCAACGAUCCGCCAUCGCUCUCUCGUUCAAAAUACAAGGAAGGGACGAUCGAAUCGUCUUCACAAUCUGGUGGCCUUUGAAAGCCAACUUCUUUAAGAAAGAUUUGAAUUCGUAUUCCGUCUCUUUGGUCAAUACUGAAAAAAGUAACGAGGAAGCGUUGAGAAGUUAUCUGAAACGUCUUGUCGAACUAGCAGACAAAAAUCCCGACCAGUUUCCUACACCUGUGAUUGCAGCCGAUGUCUUUCAACAAUAUCGAUUAUGGAAAUUUCCUAUGCCCAACUCUGUGAACGGGAAAGUUGAAAACGUCUUGAACGUUCUUACGAACAUGGGCGAUGGACGGAAGAACGGAAUGGCGGUUAAGCUCUACCCGAAACCAGCGCCAAAAAAUCCGUCCGAAGAUAUUCGACCACUAAGCAUUUACACUGGCGAUCCGAAUGACAUCCCACCAGCAUAACGUAACUAUGGAGAGUUGAUGGCAAAGGCUUGUAUAUUAUGAAAUGUUGACACUCACGCAUGCGUAUACCCUGAUAUACAAGUGAAAUAAAUAACAGCAAGAAAAUAUAUAUUAAAUUAUAUAGAUUUGAACCCGGUGAUAAGGCCGUUUGUUCUAGCACUUGCACAAAUUAUAUCUCUCAAAAACUGAUUUUUAUAUCUGAAAACAUAAGCGGUCUUGGCGCAUGAACUUCGCUGAGUAAUUGAGCCCGUUAUACAACAGGCUGGUUAACAUUGAAC